ACUUGGCUGGAAUUGUUCAGAUACAACGUCCCACGCCAAAUUUCAUCAAAUCUUGAGGCCACUGCAGAACCGUCCACGGUCCCACCAUUUCUCCACUAAGCUGCGGAACAAAGAACGAGGGCCAGUCCCAAUCGUCGCCCUAAUCACCACCAUGACCAGCGACAGGGAACCCAAAACAAUGCGAGCAUGGCUUUACAGCACCGCUUCUGGGGGAUUGGAGAAGAACUUGAAACUGUCUGAAGCUACGGUCCAACCCGUUGCCAAAGACCAAGUGCUGGUCAAGGUCCACAGCACUUCACUCAACCCCGCAGACUACAAAGUGCCUGAAUUGGGCAUGGUCGCGCGUCUCGCCAUCUCUACUCCAGCUGCCCCUUGUAUGGACUUUUCUGGCACUGUCGAGGAGGUCGGCGACGACGUCAAGUCUGCUGAUGCUUUCCGCGUUGGGGAGAAAGUAUUCGGAAGAGUUGCGCCUCAGCAGUAUGGCGGGUUGAGUGAGUUUGUAUCUGCAAAGCCAGAGUGCCUUGCCAAAUUGCCUGAAGGGGUCAGCGAGGAACACGCCAGCUGUAUCGGCACUGCGGGCAUGACCGCAUAUCAAUGCAUUGCUCCGCAUGUCAAGGCUGGUGAUAAGGUCUUUAUCAACGGCGGAAGCGGCGGUGUGGGCACAUUCGGCAUCCAAAUUGCCAAAGCAUUAGGCUGUCAAGUCACCACAAGCUGCUCUGGUAAGAAUGCAGAGCUGGUCAAGAGUCUAGGCGCCGAUGAGGUGAUCGAUUACACGAAGGAGAACGUGAGUGAGGUGUUGAAGUCAAAGGGCCAGGUCUUCAAGCUUGCGGUGGAUAACGUAGGUCAUCCGGCAGACCUUUACAAGGCAGGAGAUGCAUACCUCGUUCCCGAGGGCAAAUUCGUCCAGGUUGGUGGAGACAUGUCACUUGGAGCGAUGUCAUCACUUGCCACAAGAGCUCUGCAACCAUCAUUCUUGGGAGGAGGCAAGCGCAGUUGGCAGUUCUUGGUCACUGCAUCAAAGCACGAUGACCUGGUCCAAGUCGGCAAGCUUAUGCAGGAAGGCAAAGUCAAGGCUGUCAUUGAUGAAACUUUUGAAUUCAAGGAUGCACCGAAGGCAUUUGAGAAGCUCAAGACUGGUCGGUCAAGAGGCAAAAUUGUGGUUCAAGGGUCAAAGUAACUGUUUAUUCGAAUUUGAGGAUGGACCUUGUGUGUAGGGCCAACCAGUGCUUGUAGGUAUGCUCGGAAAAAGGGGAAGAAGAGGGAACGAGAACCCCCCCCCAAAAAGGGAAGAAAAAGAAGAAGAAAAGGAACACCACCAGGCUAAAAGCCCGUGAUAAUUGAGAGGGAUUAUGAUUACCGUAGGAGUUUACGCAGAGUAGUGAAACAUUCGAGAGGAUAUCCAAGGACGCCAAAGAAUGCCAGCGCCUUGAAAUCUCAAUCAAACAUCCCAUGUCCGUACAUUGACAAUGCACAUGCCAAAUAACACACGUGAGAAGUUACUACGCAAAACAAAAGAAACGUAACCAAACCCUUUGUAUUUGGUUCACUCCUUCAUUUAGGUCGUGAAAACGUGA